AUGCUGGCCCAAGACUUGCAAGGCCACAGGCGCAACACCCAGAGUCCAGAAGACGUAGUGCGCAUGCUCCUUCUGGCCGCUCCAGAUGCUGGCCGACCGCCACCGGAGAUUGUGGGGGCGGCGCUGAAGGCUGCUGGUGUGCCCAUCAAUGAUCAGAACUUGAUCAGAGCCUUAGAGGAGGCGGCCGGCGCACGAGGUGGCAAUCCGAGCCGCGAGGAUGUGGUCCGUGCACGUUCUGGGGCGCACGACUACAAGGUGGCACCACGGCCGGAUUCCGACGGCGGAAGCAGUGGCUCCGAGGAUAGCGCGUCCGGGGCGCCCCAGGGAGCCACGACAGCAGGAGAUCAAACCUCAGACAGCUGUUGCGUCCAUCACCUUCAACAGUGCAUUGGCGCAGAUGAACAAGAAACCCAUUCAGGCCAUGCGCGUUCUGGAAAGCAUGCGCGUCAGCAUGCCCGAUGUGGCCGCCCUGCAGCGCAUGGAUCAGUUGCGCAAUGGCGGCAGUUUUACUUUGCCAAAGGAGCCGGAGGAAGUGGUGCGAACGCUGUGUCAGGUGGCACCGGACGCUGGGCGCCCACCCCCUGA